CGGAAGAAGAGACAAAAACAACAACAGCAGCGGCAGCAGCAGCCCUCCGUUGGGUGUCUAAUCGUAUAGUUACCUAGAAAGACAACCGAGCAAUUUAACAACAUUCUGUCCGGCACCACAAAGGGCCGGCUGUUGGUGUGCGGUUAAAUCAGCCGCUAUUGUUUACAUUUACUAACAAAAUGUCGGUGUUUGGUAAGUUAUUCGGCGGCGGGGGUAAGGGUGGUAAAGCGCCGACACCCCAGGAGGCUAUCCAGAAACUCCGAGAAACCGAGGAGAUGUUGGCCAAAAAACAGGACUUUUUAGAAAAGAAAAUCGACCACGAGCUCCUUACGGCGAAGAAGAAUGGCACGAAAAAUAAACGAGCUGCUCUACAGGCCUUGAAAAGGAAAAAGCGUUAUGAGCAGCAGCUGGGUCAGAUCGACGGCACGUUGUCCACCAUCGAGUUCCAGAGGGAGGCACUAGAGAACGCCAACACCAACACAGAAGUGCUCAAGAACAUGGGCUACGCCGCCAAGGCCAUGAAGGCUGCACAUGAAAACAUGGACAUAGACAAGGUAGAUGAUCUGAUGGCCGACAUCACGGAACAACAGGAAGUAGCUCAAGAAAUCUCAGAUGUCAUUUCCAGGCCGAUCGGUUUCGGAGAAGAGUUUGACGAGGACGAGCUUAUGGCUGAGCUGGAGGAACUGGAACAGGAAGAGCUGGACCAAAAUCUUCUUGAAAUCCAAGGAACAGAAGACGUUCCUCUACCCAGCGUACCAUCCACAUCACUACCAGCUAGACCAGACAAGAAGGUGGAAGAAGACGAGGACGACAUGGCGGACCUAGAGGCGUGGGCGGCUAACUAAGCUAGCUCGCCCUGCUAGCUAGCUAAUGCCCCUCUCCUGUCUGUGCUGCAGGCUGCUUCUACACACAUCUGGAAGAGAGGCAUGGACUCUGCUGCUGCUUUGUCUUCAAGCCAACAGCAUAUAUCUAAAACACACCCCAACCCUUAAGUAUGCUCUUGCACACUGACUUUAAACAAAAUGAACCGGGGCUUUUCUCCUCUCUUUGAUGUGACCUCUUUGCUUCAGCUGUGCACUCCGUAAGGGGCAGGUGCAUACUUCUAGGUGAUGGGUGUGUGGAGGACGAGUUUCUGGGAGGAAUGUGAAGAACAAACAGAUGUGUAAGGGGAGACAAAAAAAGCAAAAACAGGUCAUGAUUCAGCCCUUUUUCUGCUUCCUGCGUGAUCGUCUCUCUGCUCCUUUACAACGAUGACGACAACCCUUUAGCUGCUAAAUGUCAGCAGCUGCAAAAUAAAAAUAUGAAUGAUAAAAAUGUAGGACUUUCUCACUGAAUGUCGAUGUUACAGCAGUGGAUACGUCUUACAAAGGGAGGAUCGGGGGUUUGAUCCCUCCGUCAGCCAUAUCUCCUUCCGAAGGUUAGCUCAUAGCUAACCGAAGAGUUAGCUCAUAGCUAACUCUGGAGCUAAUCAUAAGAUGUCAUGUGAGGGGAACACACCUAAAAGGGCUUUUACUUGCUUGAACAUUUAAAGAGGCCACUGUUUAAUUAUCAUAAGGUUUCUUUUUGGAAAUCAAAUGUUCGCAGCUACAUUUCCCAAACGUUCAAUUUCAGAGACCCCAUAAGAACCACCUGUCCCCAGUAGUGGAGGAAGAUAUCACACGUUUUACUUUAGUCAGUGUAGCAAAACUAAAAGGUACAAAUACUCUGUUUCUAAAGUCCUCCAAUCAAAUUCUUACUUUAGCAAAAGUGCAAAAGCAUUGGCACAAUCUACUUGUGCUCAUUUAAUUACUUUAUACCCUCUGCUGGAUAACAUAACCUAUAAUUCUAUGUCCAUUUUUAUUCAUUAGUUGAUUUAAAUGUAAUAUUAGCUAUUAUUCUGAAUCAUGGCUGUCAGAUAAAGGUAGUGGAGUAAAAGGUACUAUAUUGCUUUCCCAAGUGAUGUGGAGUAGAAGUAUAAAGUAGCUUAAAAUAUAUAAAGUACCAAUUAGUGAUAUUUAGCACUUGGCUAUCAUUGUAAUUUACUGUUUGAUUAAAGUGUUUCAGUGGUGGAUUAAACUACCGGUACUGUUAUUGAGUGUACUUUUGCUAUUCUUGUACUUUCCUGUACAUUUUUCGGUAACUAUGCAACAAAUUUAGUCAAUUUAGACUGACAUUCUGAGAAGGAUUUUGAAGAACUUGUACUUUCAUUAAGUAAUCUCAUGUUACACUCCACUAUAUCAUAAGGUAGGAAACAUUUUACUUUUACUCCCCUAUUUUCUUUCACCUCUCAGAGAAAGCAAGCCUUUAUUUGUCAUAUGCACAAUAGCUAGUUUUGACAUAUGAAUAUAAAGUCUCAGGUUCCUCCAAUAAUUGAAAAUACGAUAUAAUUAACAUUAAAAAGGAAAGAAAAUGUAUGACAAAUUUAAUUGAGUAUUUGUGGAUUGUGGUAUCAGGCUCCUUUUUUUUUCCCCACUGUUCCACUUGUUUUUACGUGUGCCCUUUAAUAUGCCUGCCAGAGGGAACAUGAAACACCUCCAGCCCCGUCUGUAACUGUGAUCCUCUGAGAAAAUCCUACAGUGGUUGAAUUUGAAGAUGUGUGUGAAUGUGUGGUGUUUUUCAGCCUUUUGACACAGUGACCUCUUGUGAAUACUUAGUCAAACUGAGCUGGAUUCUUUGUCUUCAAUCUGCUCCUGUAGAGUAAAACAGAUUUGAACGCUGACAGGCAACAUGUUUGUCCUCGUGAUAAACCCUCUGCUCACUUCCCCUUCUCUCAUGUCUGCUCUUCCGUUUGUCAGCACACACGGUUAGGGAUUGGGGUCGAUCCAAAUUCAAAGCAAGGCUUUAAGUAAAAGGAGAAGCGAUUCAAACACAUUUCUGUUGCGCAGAAUCACCUUGUUUGUCGUUGGGUCGACCCCAAUCCUAAAUCAAAACUAUUGAAAGAUGAAUCUAGCAUAUGCCAAUAAACGUUGUUUUCCA